AUGCUGGUGUCCGGGGCUUGGGAAUCGGCGCCGGGAGUGAUUGUGUUGAGGCAUAUCCCCACUUCCUUCCAGACAGUUGAUAGGCCCAUUGGGUGCCGUUCGGUAGCAAUAGCGCCUCUGCUAGACUACAAGAACCUGUUCAAAGCGGGUCUGAUCAGCGAGCCAGAGUACCUCCGAAGGAAGGAGGAGGAAGAAGAGGAGGAGAUGCGAAUGGCUGGUGGGAGGGCAAUGACUGAAGCGACGAGGAGGAGGCUCGAGUCGCGGGCCCCUCAGAAGAAGAAAACCAGUCCUUCGAGGCCGAAGACGAAGCCGCCCCGCCAAGCCGAGGGUGCUCGGCACAGAAGGGCACGCCAGGCGAUCGACAGCGGGAGAGAAGGGGCGAUCGAGGGUGCCCUCGAUGUGACCCCUUUACCAAAGAGGCCAAGGGGGCCGAACGAGGAAGCGGCCGUCCUCGUGUUUGACAAGGAGGAUGCCAAAGCGGAGCCGGUGAACAUCGCAUGCCCCUAG